GUUUCUCCCCGAGCCAGAGCCACCGAAGCUGCAUGAGGUACCGCGUCGCUCCCCCUUCGGCGCGUUGCUCUCGCGCACGCUUCCCAAGUAUACUGGGCCACACGAUGUCGGCGUAUGCGACAUCGAGGUUCCAGUGCCUCGCCAGACGUUUGGCACCUUCACGCACAGGCACAUGGCAAAGGAGAAGGCAGGCAUUGCAAUUGACACCGUGAUGUUCUCGCUAUUUUACCCGUGCGAGCACCAGGAGAAGCCAAAAUCUGUUGUCUGGUUCCCCAAGCUCUCACAAACGAUUGACGGCUUCCUGAAGAUGGCAAAACGUACACCCAACGUCUGGUACCGCAUGGUUGCCUAUCCAACCGCAGCAGCAGCUAUUCACGGCACUACCUUCCCCGCAGCGAAAGAAGCACCUCUGAAAACACCGCCAUCGGCCCCCGUGCUAGGUUCUUUGCAUCGCAACGGAAAAUGGCCGCUAAUGCUGUUCAGCCACGGCGUAGGAUGCUCUCGUCUGAUGUACAGCGCAUUCUGCGGAGAGAUGGCCAGUCGCGGUUUUGUCGUGGCAGUUCUCGAACAUCGGGAUGGCACAAGUCCCAGCUCGACGAUUCUUGCUGCGGAUGGCUCUAAGACGACCUUUGACUGGAUUCAGUGGAGCGACCUCUACUGGCCGGACCUACCUGAACAACCAAUGGACGACACCACUCUUCGGCAUGAGCAGAUCAUGUGCCGUAUUGCAGAACUCGAGAGCGUCGUGGAUGUUAUGAGCGGGAUUUCCAGCGGCGCAAGGCCUACGGACGGAUAUAAAGUCCCUGCCCUUGAUUGGAGCAGAUUCAAGGCGGUGGAUGCCACAAACCCGGUUAUGGCCGGCCACUCUUUAGGAGGCAGUGCAGCACUUGCCGCGUCCUCGAAAGGCUCGAUCGACUUUUGCGCAGUCGUCGCGUUCGACCCGGCCGUCCAGAGACUCGCGCCGUGGAAGUCACCCCUCCCCCAUCCUCUCCUCGUCAUCAACUCCGAAGAGUUCACCGUCGGCCGCGAGUAUGCGAUCUUCUCGGAGCAGAUGGCGCACACGGUGACCACGGAGUUGCAGGUGUACUCAAUCGGUGGCGCGACACACCCGUCUUUCUCCGACGUCUUCCUCAUCCUACCGACGGCGAUUAACAAGCUCACGGGCCUGGCGUGCCCCGCGCUGAGCGUGAUCACGAAGACAGUCCGUGCGACGACCGAGUUCCUCUCGGGCCCCGGUGGGCACGGCGGGCGCGUCACGUACGACGAGGAGUUCAGGGACGACGAGGACAGACGGCGCAAGAUUAAAACUAGAGGCGGGAAGAAGCGCAACGAGGAGGCGGGUGAGGAGAAGGGUGGCAAGCUGUACAGGCCGGUUGGCAAGCCCGGCGAGCUUUCGUGGCACAGACUGUGAGCUUCGAGUGGAGAGGGCACGGGCUGGUAGAUGUGUUUGAACUCGAUUACCACUU